CAAUCGCAAAUUUACAAACGAUAUUACAACUAUUAUUAUAAUAUUAUUUUAAUGAGUAAUAUUAAUAUAUUUUUUUAUCAUCCCGAGUCUCGUAUCAAAGCCGGGAAGACGUAGUGAACGUUUCCUAUUCCGACGAACCGCCAUGACUCGUCACCGCCGCCGUCGUCUAUAGUACAGCCGUACGUAACCGCGUCUUAUAUACUAUGCCUCUCUAUCCAUUUCCCGACGGACGGCGGUCGUGCUGUUACGUUCGUUAAAAAACACGCCGUGGCGACGACGCUACCGAUCAAUGCAGCGCACAUAAACAAUUUUAAACGUUAGUUAAAUUUAACUGUUUCUCAGCGUACGAAUUAUUACUACUCGUUAUUGCCGUUCUCUUUCACAUUACUUCGUUUUCGUUUUCGGCGACGUUCUCGGCACCCCCUCGGUAAGAGGAGAGAGACACCGACUUCGAGUGUCAUAGCGAAUGAGUCGCCGGUUAUUGUCACCGGCGGAAUGACGGACAAACUCUCCGGGAUUGAUUGAUAAAAUUCUGGAUGCAUUGCAAUCAUUAAAAAGAAAUAAUGGAUUCUAGGGAUAGUGAUGACAUGAAAGUUGAACCAUCUAGUCCUGUACGAAAUCCAAAUCCAUUUAGUCGAUCUAGUAGUGGAAGUUCUCUACAUGCUGGAAACCAUAGUAGUAGUAGUGGUCAUGAAGAUGAUGAUAGUGAAGAAAAAGGUUCCCCAAACAAUUACAAAGAGAGGCGACGAGAAGCUCAUACCCAAGCUGAACAAAAACGUCGUGAUGCCAUAAAAAAAGGAUAUGAUUGUUUACAAGAUUUAGUACCAACUUGUCAGCAAACUGAUAGUAGUGGUUAUAAACUGAGCAAAGCAACAGUAUUACAAAAGUCCAUAGAUUACAUACAAUAUUUACUGUUGCAAAAGAAAAAAUUAGAAGAAGAACGUAAUGCUUUACGAAAAGAAGUAGUUGCAUUACGAAUUAUGCAAGCUAAUUAUGAGCAAAUGGUAAAAGCUCAACAAAUUCCAAUGGGUCACGUUGAAACUAGGAUACCUGAUGAAGAAAAAUUUCAAAUGUUUCAGAAUAUUAUUGAUGAACUGUUUUUUACAUUUUGUAAUAUUAAUGUUAACAAUUUUACUGAACUAUCUGCUUGCGUCUUCAGUUGGCUUGAAGAACAUUGUAAACCUCAGUUGUUCAAUUUUCAGACAUUACAAAAUUUAAUAGAAACUGUUCUUGAAAAGGAACCAAAAAGUCAUACACCUACCUCAACCGACAAAACUUCACCAUAAAGUAUAUUUUAUUUAUUGAAUUUUAUUUUUUACCAAGUAUCCGAUUAUUGUUGUAAAAUUUUUAA